AUGGCCAUUACAAUAUUCAACAAUGCUCGCAUAUUCACAUCUUCACCACAGUCGGAAGACCUUUUCAGUGGUUCUUUGAUGAUUGACAAUGAGACCAUUACAUACGUCGGGCCCAGCGAUGGCGAAGAGAUUGCCAGAGCUCGAGCUGGUGGCGCUUCAGAACUUGACAUGGAGAACAAAGUGAUCACUCCGAGUUUCAUCGAUGCCCAUAUACAUAUCAUGCACCUUGGUCAAGCAUUGGGGAAGCUCAACAUCUUAUCUUGCAAAUCUUUCGCUGAGAUCUCACAUCAAAUCAGGACCUGGGCAGCGUCGAACCCAUCUGCACCGCGAAUUCUGUGCCGAGGAUGGCUGCAAGCUUCCACAGGCGGCAAAGCGCUCGCUUCAAUGCUUGACGGGCUCGAUCAGCGGCCAAUCUAUGUUGAGGCAAUGGAUCUGCAUUCAGUGUGGUGCAACUCCGCCGCUCUAGAAGAACUAGGCGUUGCAUCAAUGCCCGAUCCUCCUGGUGGCACGAUUCAUCGUGAUAGUCAAGGAAGACCAUCGGGCCUCCUUGAAGAAAUGGCACACCUCGGCAUCGUGGUCCCUUUCCUUAGCAGUGUCCUCUCGCCCGAACAAGCUCACAUGGCCCUACAUCGUGCAGUCCUCGCACUCUCACAAGCGGGGUACACGGGGUUUAUCGACAUGGCCAUGGACGAUGAGCAGUGGUCAACAAUAUUGGAGUACCGGAGACAAAAGAUUCUACCAAUUCAUGUGGCGGCUCAUUGGCUCAUCCCGUAUGACGAGGAAAUUGAACAGGUUCAGGCCCAUAUGGAAAGGGCAAUUGCGAUGCAUGCGAAGUACAACCCAUCCACAUCCCCGUCUCUCUGCGUAGUUGGUAUCAAGUUGAUCGCCGAUGGGACUGUUGAUGGUUGCACAGCUGCAUUGAGCAAGCCCUACGGCGCCAAAGACGACCCCAUCGAACCGAUCUGGCCUGCGGCGCAAUUAGCGGAAGUGGUCCGCCAGGCAGAUGAAGCAGGGCUCCAGGUAGCCAUUCACGCAAUCGGGGAUAGAGCGGUAAGCGAAGCGCUCGAUGCAUUUGAACAACUUCCUCGCAGCCCACAUUUACGUCGACAUCGCAUCGAGCAUCUGGAACUCACGUCCGACUCGGAUGCAAUGCGUCUAGGCAACCUAGGCAUCACUGCUUCGGUACAACCUGUGCACUCGGACCCUGUCCUGUUCCGGGCAUGGCCAUCCCUGAUAGGCACUCACAGGUGUAAGCGAGCGUUCGCAUAUCGAGAUUUCCACCAGCACGGAUCUCCUCUAGCCUUUGGAACGGACGCACCAACCGCAGCACAUUACCCAUUGCCAAACUUGUACAAUGCGACGACAAGGCGAUCUGCCCUGGAGCCCGCAAGUCGUGAAAGGACGAAUGCGGAUUUUGCAGUGUCCAUGGCAACAGCUCUCAAGGCUGCCACUUCAGGUGCGGCUUAUUCACGGCACGCUGAAACAUGGACCGGUAGUUUGCAAAAGGGACUGAGUGCCGAUUUUGUAGUUCUUGAAAGUGAUUGGACCGCUGAUGGACUGCUGGCAGCGACUGUGCAUCAGACCUGGUUCCGUGGCAGGCAAGUCAUCGACCUUCCGUCGUCUUGAAAUGAGAAGGCGUGUCCAACCAAAAUCAGUGUGCGAAUCUAAAGUCAAG